UCUUUGCAACGCCUGAAGAUGGAAAGUUGGUCGGUUGAUCAAGUCUGCAACUGGUUGAGACAGAGAAAUUUAGGAGAAUUAGUUCCUAAGUUUCGUGAAGAAGAAGUAAGUGGAGCAGCUCUUCUGGCUCUUAAUGAUCGUAUGGUGCGGCAGCUGGUAAAGAAGAUUGGGCACCAGGCAGUGCUAAUGGACCUGAUUAAUAAAUACCACCAACAAAAAAAUGGACUAGAAUCCUUUACUUACUAUUGUGAAACAGCUUCUCCAAAAUUCCCAGAAGCCAUCAGUGGGAUUACUGACAAACAGAUGUUCAGUUCUUUUGGUCCUGUGGAGCAGAAAAAGUAUCUUUCUUCAAGUGAAAAUGAAGAACUAAUUGAUCGAAGAGUAUUAAAGCAGAAAAAAAAUAUGAAAUCAUUUUUUACAAGAUAUAAGACAUUACAGUGGACAAGUUCUUAUGCUUUGCCAGACUUUCCUUAUGAUGUCAAGUGUAUAUUAGCAGAAAAAAAAUGCCCUGAUCACAGUAUGAGAAUAAGGAUUAUUGAAUUUUUGCAAGCAGACAUGACAAAAUACUUAGAAGGAUCUCUGUAUCCAAACAGUCAACAGUAUAACAUUGUUGUCAGUGCUUUGCUGCAGGCGUACCCAUUCCUUGAUGAAGAUGGAAAUGGCUUUUUGCUAUGGAAACGAGCCCUUAAAGAUCGCUUCAAAUAUGUGCGGAGACCCAUUGAAGAUGAUGAACAAGUUCUGAGGAACAAAUGCAAAUUUGGCCACAGGCGAGGACAGACCAGGAGAUCGUUAUCUGCUGAAAACAAACAUGUUGACAUCCAGCUACAGACAGAGGAAGAACCUAUUUAUCUUGACGGCAAAGAGAUGGAUGUACACAUUAACUGGCUUAAGCAAGAAUACACGAAAACUCAGAGGAACUGGAAAGAAGUGGAUAAUAGAAUGAAUGUGACAACAGAAAUACGGAGGAAGAUGAUCAGUGAUAAGGCACCUUUAAAACAGAUUCUCAGACUAUUUCCUUUCUUAAGAUGCCCUUAUCAGCUUUUUAGGGAGUUCCAGCUUCUCACAUGCAUGGACAUUUAUAAGAAAACAGUUGAGAUUUUGGAGACUUAUUCAGAAAACAUAUUAUCUUUGUAUGUGGUGAGGAAUAAUCCAAUUAACAUUAUGCUGCAAGAAAAUCUGAAACUGCACACAGAGGAAGACAUUCUGAAAUAUAUGAAGAUGACUGCUGCAUGUUUACUUCUGCCAGAUGUCUUUGGAGAUGAUUCCAGUCUAUUUGCUGCAGUGAAUGAGGAGGUGAAGGUGAUAACACCAGUGUUGAAAGUAAAAAAUCCCUUCAAUGUGAACUCAUGUGAGUUUGCUCUGUACAUAGAAAGAGAAGAGCUAACCCAGCUCGAUGAUUGCACCAUGGCCCUGGCAGCUUUGGUGGCUGCAUUUCACGUGUUUGAUAUCCCAUGUCCAAAGAGAAUCCACAGAACCCUGAACUUCCUAGAGUCUCUAGUCUCUGAGAUGAGAGGUUCACCAUCCCUCCCAGCCCAGGUAAAGAGAGGACUGGAGCUACCUAAACAUCCCAAUAUUUGAUAGUGUGCACAACACCUGUCACAGGAACAUUUGACAUUCUGCCACGAGUAAUUCCAUUGCUGUGAAGCUAAAUCAGUCAUUCUUUCUAGUGAAAGUGGAUGAAUAUUUAUAACUCAGUUGUGCUUUAUAAUGCCUGUUUUUUAUUGUAAUGGCUACUUUUUUUACAUUUAAAAAGUGAGUAUUUUCAUUAUUUUAAAUGGAAAUUCUAGAGCAGUUUUAGCAUUAGAAUAAAAUUUUAUAGUUUA